AUGUCUGGAAAGCUUGAUAAGCCUCUCGACGAUAUUGUCUCAGCCCGCCGCAAGAGCGCUGGCAACCGUCGCCCCCAGCGUCGCAGCACCGGCUACACUGCCACCGCUCCUGCUGGUGGUAUUCACAAGACAAAGGCCCCCGUCCGCGGUGCUGCCGCUAAGGGCGCCCAGGGCAAGGGCGCCGGCCCUCAAGGCGAGAGCAAGGUGAUUGUCAGCAACCUGCCCAAGGAUGUCUCGGAGCAGCAGAUCAAGGAAUACUUUGUCCAGUCUGUCGGCCCCAUCAAGCGCGUCGAGCUCUCGUAUGGCCCCAACUCUCAGAGCCGUGGUAUUGCCAACGUAAUCUUCCACAAGCCUGAUGGCGCUAGCAAGGCCUUCCAGAAGCUGAAUGGUCUUCUCGUUGACGGUCGCCCUAUUAAGAUUGAGAUUGUCGUCGGCGCCGCUCAGGCUGACAAGGUGAUCCCUCCGAUUAAAUCGCUUGCAGAGCGCGCUACUCAGCCCAAGGCUCAGCCUAAGUCUGCUGCUGCUGGAAAGCAGGGUAACGGCGCUGGCAAGGAUGGUGCCAAGGGCAAGGGCGGCAGACCGGCCCGUCGCGGCCGCAACAGUCGUCCUAUCAAAAAGACGGCGACGGAGCUUGACGCCGACAUGGACAACUACAUGGCAGAUUCUGCUGCCGUUACUGCUCCUGCCGCUGCGCCGGCCGCUAAUGGCGACUCCGCAAUGGCUGAUGAGAUCAGCGUAAGUAAGCCCUUCGUUGAGGAUGAUUGA